AUGGAAGAACAGCAGAGUCGUGUGAGGGGGGAGGAGGAGGCGGCUGCAGCAGCAGCAGCGCCGCCUGCUCAGGAGCAGCAGCCUCGCGAAGGCCGAGAUGUGGCAGGUCCGUCUCGUGAGAGCCGAGACACGGCCGCCGUGCCGCAGGGGGAGGCCCAGCCGCCGCAAAUGGUUGCCGAGGCAGGCGCAGCAGCCAUCGCCGCUGACGACGACGAUACGACGACGACGAGCAUGUCAUCGUUGACCUCGGCAGAUGGGGCAGGGGCAUCCUCGUCCACUGGCCACGAUAUGCCGGAGUUGGAGUCUGUAGCGUCUCACCCAGCUGGAGACUUCGUUCCAGGCACCAGUGGGCUGGAGCCGAGGACCCGGCCAGCUGAAACUUCUGCAGAAGGGCGAGAGAGACCUUCAGGGUCUCGGGUGUCUGCAGAGGGCCAGGUGGAGGGCAGAACCACGGAGGGUGACCGGGGGCGGCCCGUCCCAGAGGGGCCGGCGCCACUGGAGAAGAGACAGCCGCAGCAGUCUGAGGGAGAGAAACAGCAGCCUCAGCCAGGAGGCUCCAGGAAGAGGGGGCGCGCUGGGGAGAGGCGUGUCAAGGGCGCGACCAAGAGGCGCGGCCGCAGGAAGGGGCGGAAGGCGGCGCAGGGCGAGGAGGAGUCGACGUCGGCGUCGCUCUCCACCACGGAGGGACUGAAGGGGAGCAACAUACACAAGAGCAGAGUGAGCGACAAGCAUCAGAGGGGCCAGCACAGCAAGAGCAAGCUGAAAUGGCAGGCGAAGGACAGCAAGAGCAAGCUGAAAUGGCAGGCGAAGGACAGCAAGAGCAAGCUGAAAUGGCAGGCGAAGGACAGCAAGAGCAAGCUGAAAUGGCAGGCGAAGGACAGCAAGAGCAAGCUGAAAUGGCAGGCGAAGGACAGCAAGAGCAAGCUGAAAUGGCAGGCGAAGGACAGCAAGAGCAAGCUGAAAUGGCAGGCGAAGGACAGCAAGAGCAAGCUGAAAUGGCAGGCGAAGGACAGCAAGAGCAAGCUGAAAUGGCAGGCGAAGGACAGCAAGAGCAAGCUGAAAUGGCAGGCGAAGGACAGCAAGAGCAAGCUGAAAUGGCAGGCGAAGGACAGCAAGCGGUCGCAGCCCCAGUCACAGCAGAGAUGGGCUCCGCGACCCCCGGCGAGCAGCAGCAGGAACAAGGGGCAGAGGCUGUGGCACAACCGAUGGAGGAGGAGGAAGAAGAAGCAGCAGCAGCUGCGGCAGCAGCAGCAGCAGGGGGUAGCGCAGAACCGAUGGAACAGGAAGUAG